AUGGAGGAGGCUCAGAGAGCGGAAGCGGCCCCGGCGGCCGCGCGGCGAGGUCUAGCCGGGCGAGCGGCACGGCGCCGCCAGGAGAGGGCGCCCGAGAGCCGGCGCGCGGGCCCAGCGGGGGCCCUUCCCUCCCCCGCCCGCUCAGGGUCCCCGCGCCGAGAGUUGGCGGCUGGUAUAAAGCACUGUGACCGCCAGGCAGCGCCAGGGCUGGCAGGCAUCGGGGCCCAGCACUGGGGCCCUCAAAGGUUUGCAGGCGGGCAGGCACAGGCCAGCUUUGAGGACAGCACCCAGGGGAGCGUCUUCACCUACACCAGCAGCAGCUCCACCAGAGACCCCUUCGACGGCCCCGAUCACCACAUCGCUCGAUGGGUGUAUCAGCUCACCAGUGCCUGGAUGGUCUUUGUGGUCGUCGCCUCCAUCCUCACCAAUGGGCUCGUGCUGGCAGCCACCAUGAAGUUCAGGAAGCUGCGCCACCCUCUGAACUGGAUCCUGGUGAACUUGGCCAUCGCUGACCUGGCGGAGACGAUCAUUGCCGGCACCAUCAGCAGUGUGAACCAGAUGUACGGCUACUUUGUGCUGGGCCACCCCUUGUGCAUCGUGGAGGGCUACACUGUCUCCUUGUGUGGGAUCACCGGUCUCUGGUCCUUGGCCAUCAUUUCCUGGGAGAGGUGGAUGGUGGUCUGCAAGCCCUUUGGCAACAUGAGAUUUGAUGCCAAGCUGGCCAUCGCGGGCAUUGCCUUCUCCUGGAUCUGGGCUGCUGUGUGGGCAGCUCCACCCAUCUUUGGUUGGAGCAGGUACUGGCCCCACGGCCUGAAGACUUCGUGCGGCCCGGACGUGUUCCGCGGCAGCUCGUACCCCGGGGUGCGGUCUCACAUGAUCGUGCUCGUGACCACCUGCUGCUUCCUCCCGCUCAGCGCCAUCGUGCUCUGCUACCUGCAAGUGUGGCUGGCCAUCCGAGCGGUGGCGAAGCAGCAGAAAGAAUCCGAGUCCACCCAGAAGGCGGAGAAGGAGGUGACCCGCAUGGUGAUGGUGAUGAUCUUCGCGUACUGCCUCUGCUGGGGGCCCUACACAUUCUUUGCAUGCUUCGCCGCUGCCCACCCUGGCUAUGCCUUCCACCCUCUGGUGGCCGCCCUGCCAUCCUACUUCGCCCAAAGUGCCACUAUCUACAACCCCAUUAUCUAUGUCUUUAUGAACCGGCAGUUUCGAAGCUGCAGCUUGCGGCUUUUUGGGAAGAAGGUGGAAGACAGCUCUGAGCUCUCCUGCGUUUGCAAAGCAGAAGCUUCAUCUGUCUCUUCGGUCUCACCUGCCUGA